AUGGCUGUCAAUUUGUUCGAGUCCGGUGUGCAAACUGCAUCACCUGUGUCCGUAAGCCUUCGCGACUUGCAGUCAGGCUCCGUACCCUUUGACGCUCUCGAAGAAGCCUUUGGUCCAGACUCUCUGGGAAUCAUCGUCGUCCGUGACCUACCAUCUGACUUUGUCACCAUGAGAAAGGCCCUGUUGUCGUACUCGUCUUAUCUGGCCAACCUCCCUCAAGCUGAACUAGAAAAACUCGAGAACCCCGAAAGCAGUUACCUCGUAGGUUGGAGUUGUGGAAAAGAAACCCUCAAGGAUGGUCGUUAUGAUACCCUCAAGGGUUCCUACUAUGCCAACCCCGUACAGAACCCUGCUCUGCACAAGAUGGCCAUCGAGAAAUUUCCCAACCUCCCAGAGUAUAAUGCUGCAAACAUCUGGCCGAGCAACGACCUUCUCCCUGAAUUUGAGCUCACUUUCCAGAACCUGUGCACCUUCAUCGUCGACACUGCAGCACUCGUAGCCCGGGCUUGCGAUCGUUACGCGCUCAAGAAUAUUCCUCAGUACCAGGAGGGUUAUCUGGAGCAUGUAGUCAAGACCAGCAUCUCGACAAAAGCACGUCUACUCCACUACUUCCCCUCACCAGCCACAAACGACAACGCAGCAGAAAGCUCCUCCGACGACUGGUGCGCAACACAUCUGGACCACGGCUGUUUGACAGGCCUGACGUCCGCCAUGUUCAUCGAUGAAGCAGCCAACCCCCCUCACAUCAGCUCUACAGAAGUCUCACCUUUGCCCGAGUUGUCCUCACCACCGGACCCGGCCGCCGGCCUGUACAUUCACUCUCGUUCAGGCAAGGUGACCAAGGUCAACAUCCCGAAGGACUGUCUUGCUUUUCAAACUGGUGAAGCUCUGGAGGUCAUUACCAAGGGCAAGUUCAGAGCAGUACCGCACUUUGUCAAGGGUGCUGCACCAGGCAAAGGCGGACAGGUUGCCAGAAACACCCUGGCUGUAUUCACGCAGCCCAACCUCUGGGAGUUGGUUGAUGAGAAGCGUGAUUUCGCUACUUUCGCCAAGGAGAUCGUUGAGCGUAACCACUGA